AUGACGUACGUGGCGCCACUGAAGAUUGUCUUGGACAGCGGCGAGCUCCGGAAGUCACGCAACAUGGAACCUCAUGCGGCGCGCGGCGGCGGGCUCCUCGACCAGGCCGGCAGCGGCGCCGGGCUGGGCUGGUUCCUGGUGACCGCGGGGGUGUUCUCCGUGGCAUCGUUGGUGCCGCUGCUGCAGGGCCAGAGCGUGGAGAGCAAGUCCAGUGGCUUCUGGAGCGCGGACGCCGAGCUCUGGAACGGCCGCUUCGCCAUGCUUGGCCUCGUCGCGCUGGCCGCCACCGAGUUCAUUACCGGCGCGCCCUUCGUCAACAUCUAAGACGACGUAGUGUAGCGCUGUGGAUUCUUUUCUGCUGACAGAUCGUAAUAGUACUAACUGUUGUAGCCACGUUGCAAUUUUGUAUUACUAUCGGUGAUUGAAUUCUGUAAAUCUCAUGUUUAGGUUGUUUUCA